GCAGACAGUCGCAAGCUUGUCUGUUUUUUAGAAGAGAAGGGUUUUAUGAUAGUAAACGUAACGUUUUACCACUGAAUUGAUUUACUAACUCUCACUUUCACAAUUGCGAUGGUAAAUGGAAAACAGAGCAACUGAGAUGUCCAACAUCGUGCAGAAAUCGUUCACAUUCGAAGAAUACGAAGACCCGAAGCAAUCACUGAAUGUUUCCAUCCCUGAGGUCCUUGACCCACAAUAUGGGAUGCAUGUAUGGCCCUGUGCAGUGGUAUUAGCACAAUAUGUGUGGACACACAGGGAAGAGCUGAUGCACAAAACAGUGCUAGAGCUUGGGGCUGGCGUGAGCUUACCUGGUGUGGUGGCAGCAAAGUGUGGGGCACAAGUGAUCUUGUCAGACAGUGCAGAACUUCCACUGUGUCUGAACUGUAGGCGCACCUGUGAAGUGAAUGAACUGCCCAAUGUGCUUGUGGUGGGUAUUACCUGGGGAGAAGUCUCCCCAGACAUUCUGCUCCUUCCAUUAGACAUCAUCUUGGGAUCAGACAUUUUCUAUGAGCCUCAAGAUUUUGAAAAUGUCCUGGUGACCAUCUCCUUCCUCUAGAAAAACCCUGAGGCCCAAUUUUGGACAACUUACCAAGAGAGAAGUGCCGACUGGUCCAUAGAGGCAUUGCUGCACAAAUGGAACUUGAAGUGUCUCAACAUUCCACUGGAGAAAUUCCAUGCCAACAAAGAUCAACUAGCUGGGUCAACACUUCCUGGAAGCCAUACCGUACAAAUGAUUAUAACUGAGGACAAGGAAAGCUGAAUGAAAGACUUGUCAAUUUAUCCUUCAGUUACUACCAGCAAGGCACAGUCAAAGUCAAAUAGUCAAGACGCAAUACAAGAUCAAUGGUUCAAAACUCAAUGAAUUAUAAAAUAGUUUAAGUUGUAGUGUUCUGUUAAAGUUUUAAAAUAAAAUGAUAACCCAAAUGUUU